CAGUUUUCUAUCCAAAUCACUGCCGCACCGCAAUGGACGUUUCGGCAGAAACGUCGGCAGAAACGGAGCGCAAGCGCGCGCGCUCUCCGAGCCCGAGUCCGUCGCCGCCGCCAGAAGCACACUCCCCCACGCCACUAGAUUACCACCACCGCCCGACCAAGUUCCACCGCGCGCCCUCCCCGUCCCGCGAGUAUCUGUGCACGUUGCCCCCGACCUGCUCGCAGCCGGACACGGCACAGACGUUUGCAACCGAGGCCGAGCUUGAGGCGCACCAGGAGCGCCUGCAUCGCUGGAUGUGUCGCGUGCCGAUCCGGGACAAGCCGGGGCGUGUUGGAGAAGGCGCGACAGUGCUCGUCCCCGAGCAGUUUACGGGGCGCGGGCCGCGCGCCGGGCAGCGCUUCCGCGAGUGUGGGAAGGUGUUCCCCAACGAGCGGCUGUUGGAUUUGCACUAUACCGAGACGCACGACCCUAUCGCGCGCGAAAGGCUGGAGCGGGGCGAGAAGAUCUACGAGUGUUUUCUCCCGCCCGACCGGUGCGAUAAGGUGUGUCUCACGCUCAAGAAGCGCCGGCGACAUCUCAUUGACAAGCACGGCUAUCCCAACACCUACUACUUCUCCAUCACGGCGCAUGGGUUGAACCGGAUCACGCGCGAGGACGGGCCCGGCGCGAGCCUCAUCCGGCCAUAUCGCCCGGCGCCGGAGCACAAGGAGGACAGCGUUGGACAUGGGCACGGGCACGUACAUGGGCACGCCCACGGAGGGCACGCCCACGCCGCUCCGCCUCGCCGCACGAAUCCGCACCAUGCGCCGCCACACCCGCCGAGCGAUAUGGAUAUCGACGACCUCACGUCCAGGAUGGGCGCGUUGGAGAGCAGCCUCGCAUUCGUGCCUCGCAAUGUGCGGCGGGCGGCGGCGCGGCGCGAGACGCGGGCGCCGAUGGAGGUGGGGUAGAGGGAGGUGGGGGGGUGCAGAGGGGCGAAGAGACGGGUGCAGAGAACGUUGGGCAGGGGAGAGACGAUCGGCGAGUGAGCUGUGUAAAAUGGAGCCGGCGGGUGGGUAUUUGUUGACACUUCUUCUGGAGGUUCCAAGCGGACGGACGCUGUGAAUCUCGCAGCAAGACUCAAUCCAGCGGUCAGAUCACCUUGUAUGCAUUAUUCCGUUGUCCAGA